AUGGCUGAAUCUGAUCUCCACUUCACCCUCGUCGGCGACGUAUUUCUGCCUCUGACGGAGGAGGAAGCCACUGCUGCUAGUGGUGGUCAGCCAACGGCCGUUGGCUGGAGUCAUCUUUUCCUCACUGUGCUCUGGAAUCCGGACGCAGUCGGCGUCCUCUCCGGCUGGUUUUGGACAGAGUGGCUGCAGAAAGACAAGGUGACGAGACCUUUUGCAGGUUGUGGAGAUGCUGACUGCCUCAACUUCUGGAUCGGCCAGCGGUUCACCGUCUGUGAGGAUGAGCGUCAGCCUGGCGCUGUUGCACAUCGUUCUGGCCAGAUCUCUCUGGGCAACAUUGCCAUUUUCACAGGAGCAAUCCUCAGACGUUUGAAGCCUGACCCUCAUCAGUCUCAGGAUUCCCACAGAAUCGAACAAAUCAGACGCCUUGCCUUGAGUUUGGCGCUCUGCGGUCCCGAAUGGUGUAACACUGUAGCUAGUUUCGAUCUUGGGGAUCGCCUCCUGAGGGCAAACACUGUGCUUCGUGGUCUGUUACAGCCCCACCGUCUUCGCAGCGGUGAUACUACCAACCAGAUUCAUCUUUCUGAGGCAGCAACCAAACUGCUCACGCCGCCGUCCUCGGAUCUGCCUACUGUCGUGCCCUGGUUCUCCCUCCUAAAAGCAAUCAUCAAGGUUGUUAUUUCCCCUGGGAACCUUCUUAUAGUGCUGGUUUUCGGGUUUGCCCUAAGUGUCAUCAACUCCGUUAUUCACAUUUAUCUUCUACACUGUCUGCUGGCAAUGGUUCCGAGCUACUCCCUGGACCGCGUCCUCUGGUUCUCCACCUGCGACUUUACUGUCUACGAGGGCGAUAAACCACGUUUAAGCACGCACUCUAGUGCAAUGCUCUACGCCAAUCGACCUCUGAGUUCUGUCUCAAACGCCUCGUAA